AUGUCCCGCAAAAGCUUCCGCGCGACGCGACCUGGAGGCGCGGGCGACUGGGUGACGGAAAUGAUGCACGCCAUUGUCAGCGACAGCGCACUGGAAGAGUUGGGUGUAUCAGUAGAAGAAGCGGGAAAAGCAGUCUGCAAGAACAUCUUUCCAGUUGUGAAAAAGCACAUUGCUUUCAUCGUGGAGAGUAACAACCCCAACUUCGAAGCCGCCCUGGUGGACGAAAUCACGCAGGGAGAGGGGCCGAUUUCAUCCCUCGAGCUGUUGGAGAAAGUCAAAGAGGCAACACAAAGGAUUAAAGAACUUCCUUUUCAUAGGAGCAAGCAAAUGUAUUCAGCAAUAAAUAUGAUCACUGGAGAAGUUUGCGACUCACCUGGCCUACAACGUCUGCAGUUGUCUGUCGUUUUGGAAGUGCAGACGGAUAUAGUUGACAGUCAGUCUGAGAAAAUGCGCGAGUUGGAAACAAACCUUGCCCAGGCAAAUGAGUUUCUCGAAAAGGUGGAAAACGUCAAAGAAGAUGCGCUGUCGGCUGCUGAGAAGAGCAAGGAGUUUGCCAAGAAAGAAGAAGAAAAGUUCCCCAAGACCAACAAGGAGUUUUUAGACCAGUUGCGUUCAGAAGUACGAGACGAAGUCGCCCUUGAGUUGGCGGAACAGAUGACGGCGGCCACUGCGGCCUCAUCUGUAGAAACAGCUGAAAAGGAAAUCCAAACAGACCCCAUUUCGUUAGGUCCCCCUGAGCAGACACAGGAGGCGGUACCUGUGGCUCCGCCCCCUCCCACAGCGCCUGCGGUACCCCACGAGACAAGUGCUGCACAUCAGGAGCUGACAGACGCAGACCAUGAACUCCUUCGCACUUGCCUUGAGGAAAUACGUAACCUGACCUCUCUUCUUUCGAAUCAUGCUGGCAUCCCCACUGUUGUUCAGCACAAAGAUGUUGUUGAGAACCGUCGGCGAGUCUCGAUGCGCAACACCUGCGUGGGCACUUCAGAGGGUGUUCUGGGUGGCCAGCAGGGCAAUGUGUACGAGCACGUGCCUCUGACAACUUUGCAUCUUAGCCCCAUUUAUCGCGCGCAUCCUGAAAGAGCAGAACUCGGCAGCGCUCGCAGCAUUCGCCUGUCUGCACCACUCUCGCCACACAGCCGCCUGCAGUUAGAGAGGUCUUCAGCGAAUAACAGCCGAGCGAGAGGUGCCGACUUCGGCGCUGUUUGCCCACCCGCUGAAGCCACUCUCCCUCCAGCUGCUUCGGGAACCGCCAACAGACCCUCUGUGGUUGUUGAGACAGCCACACUGCAAGACGGGCCCCUGCAGCAGACGUUCGUCCAUUCGCAUCUGAUGUCAGCGGAGCUUCCAGAAGCGGUCAGCCUACACCAAACGCAGGACUACCCCACGCUUGUUCCUUGCUGUCCAGCAGAAGGGAGCCCUUCGUCGCUCUCCCCGUCAAGAGAGGGGUCCGCACUAAGAACACGCAGCUCAGGAGCUGCGAAGGCACACGGAAAGCUGCAGAUAUCCUUUGCCGAUGAGCCCCUCCUGGCGUCCGACCCCCUCCCAGGCAGCUCAUGCGCCUCCUCAACGAUUUUCAAUCAAGGGGAAAAUUCACAGCAAGCUCCUACGUCUCCACAAGAACAAUCGGAGACAGCUAAAGCGACCCCUUCGCAUACAGACACCACGAACCCUAGCCCACUCCCUCCGGAGCCCAAGGCAGCCGUCGCCAACUCUACCUCUGCUGUUCUCAACCCACCGCGAGGCGACAACCCCGCCGUAGGAACGACAACAGAGCGUAAGGAUUGGGCGCGCACGCACUUUAGGCGAACCGCCGGCGUGGCAGCCUGGCAAGAUGAAUCCAAUAUACAGGCGAUGCGUGUUCUUGCUGCAGCCGCCGCGAAGCCACAGAGGGAGUGCCCCUCGUCGGAGUCGGUUGGCAAGCCAGAUGCUUUGGUUUCGGGGGUUCGGCAGCAACAGCAGCAGCAGCAGCAGGCCACGGAGAAGUGUGCCGAUCCAGGGCCGCAGGAACCGAAUGCUUCACCAGGCGGGGGGGUUGCCAGCCUUUCUCCCUCUCACGCUAGUUUUGUGGAGUCCCUUGUUUCGGAUGGAACGGGGCAAGGGACGACACAGGAAGGGAAAGACGAGAUGCAAUCGCAGCAGCAGCCUGGCAGGCAGCAGGAGCAGGGGGUAAAUCAGUAUCAGCGAGAACAGCACCCACCAGAACAGCAGCAGGACGUCGUGCAGCAGCAGCAGGAGGAAGAGAAGCAGCAGCCGGAGCAAGAGCAGCAGCAGGAUAUGCAGCAAGAGCAAACGCUGAGUUCACUGACAAGAGACAACAGCUUCUGUGUCAGCCCUGAGGUGAUAUUUGGACAGCACGGCCCCCCCAUUUGGCCAAUGGUUACAGGAGGCCUCUCCUGGUGCCGCUGCCACGAGACCAAGAGUAUUCCUCUUGCUCGGUUCCAGCGGCAAACCCGGGGAGAGUUUAAACAGAUCGUGGAGCCCGUGGAGUCAGGGAGAGAACAUUUUGCAGAAGCUUCGCAAGAACUGCUGGGAGAAGGCCUUUUAGGGCACCGCCCGCCCUCCGCAGAGACCUCAACUGCGGUGUAUCUACCGCUAAAGGGAUCGAAACUCGGUAGCGGGGCGCGUAAGCCUGCCAAAAAAGAAACGCGACCAACAUCAGAAGCCACGUGCAAGACUUUGAAUGAUCUGCGCAUUAGAAACCAGGUGCUGGAGAACCAGGUUCUUGGCCUCUCCGUCGCGCUUCGGCAGGCCCACGAGAGGCUGAACACGCUGACACGAGUUUGCGACAAACUCAGCAACGGAGUGCCGGCACCAAAAUGA